UUGCAAGGAGGCAUUUAAAGUCAGUGUAGGGGAGAGAGCUGUUCAGGAGCAAUUUCCUUGGGACAGGUCAAGGGAGCAGGUUAGUUCUCAGCACGAUGUGAGAACUGUGCCAAGGAAAGCAGUUCCAGCGUGUGUCUGUGUUGUAUAAACUCUGUUAGACUGUCUUCUGCAUUGUCCACUGUACCUUCUUUGGGUCUUGGCGUCCCCAUAGCUCUUAAUGAUCACUAGGCACCUUGGUAGCCCUCCUGCAAGUCACAGGUGCAUUGCCACAUCAGCUUAGUGCCUGUCGAGCCUUUCUUAUCUCGCAAUUUCAGCUUAGGGUGUGGAUCUGUCUGGUGUCUAUCAUAUUGUAGAUGUUUCUGAGCAGUCAUCCCUCACAGUGGUGUCUUCAGUUCCAUUUCUGUGAGGUUUUUUUGACAGAGUUGUCUCCAGGGAUUGCAUCCCCAUGUCCAUAACAGUCUUUUGUCUUAAAGCUCGGCUUUUUGCUCAUCCAUCAUUCUGCUUUUGAUGGCUCUCAUCCACAUCUCCGCUGUUGGCUGCAGCAGUCACCACUUUCUGGGGCUGCUGUAGAGCACCUGCACUGUCGUGGCACUGUUGGACCUCUCUGCUGGUGCGUGCCAUAUUCCCUAUGGAAGUCACUGUUGCUUGUGCGCUUACCGCAUCUCACUGUCACAGUGCUUGCGGUGUUGGUUGUCUGUAUCAUGGUUGGAGCUGCCCUGCCCAAGGGUGUAGCAAUACUGAAGACAGGCUAGCACAGCCUCAGGGUGGUGUAGUAGUAUGUUCAUCUGUCUAGAUACUUUUGGCAGAGACCAUACGGUUCAUCUCUGGGCUGUAGACAGCGGGCACAGUUAUCUUUGUCUUUUGAGGGUGCCAGGCUCUGGCCUUCAGGGAGCAGGAGCUGGUAUGGAAGUGAAGUGGCUGGAUCUUGAAUGUGCCUUGCCUUUUACAGGUGGGGCUCAAUAUCUGGGUUCUUUUAGCUGUGUUAGUGCAGAGUAAGCUAGAACUGGACAAAGUCAAUAUUUGAUAGACCUUUACUUGUCAUGAAUUUCAAAAACAAAAUGUGAAUUUGAGUGCUUGAGCAUUUCUAAUGAAUUUCUAAAGCCUACAGGCCUUUAGUUAAGGUAAAAACUCUACUUCUUUUAACUGCCCACUUGCCUGAUGAAUUCUUUGGUCAAAUCCUGAAAUUUUAUCUUUCAAGGUUUGGGAAAAAUGUUACAAUAAAAGCCUUACAAAAAAGGCUUUGUGUUGAGUGUGAGGGAAUGAGAGCACUGAUCAGGUUUUAUUUAAUGGUAAAGGUUAACCAACAAUUUAAAAGUAAUUUUAAAAAAAUUCAUUACGGUUUUCUAUGCAAGUGCACUUUUUUCAUCCAGGAAAACACUGUCGAGUAGCUAGAAAGUUGGUAUUUUUCCAUGUUCUGUGUACAAAAUGGAAUCGUCUUCAGAGUUUCUAGUCUCUUACAGAUUGAGAUAGCCUGGGAAUUAGUAUGUGGGUGAUACUGCAUAGCAGUGCAGUACAUUGCACUUUAGAUUGAAAUCCUGCUAAUACUAUUGGAGUUCUCUGAUGAAAAUUUGAUCAAUGUAAUUUCCUAAGUCAGCUGUGAUUUCUAAAGAUCUUAUACAAUUAUAGGUUAAAAAAGGUGUGAGUAUAUGGAGUGUUUCAUAAUGCAGGUGUAUUUUGUGCCAGAGAUAAAAUUGUGCCGAGUCAAAAUGUGAAUUGAAACAUUUUAGUGGUGUAUGUUACAUGAUGGUAUUAUUCAAAGCAGUAUUAGUGUUCUAAAACAUUCUUACAAGCAAGUGUUUAAGACAACUACAGAGGUAAACCAGCUUUGUGGUUACUUCAAGGAUCUUUUUUGUACCCAAACUCCUGAGCAGGAAGAAAAUAUUGCUGAAGCUCCUGCUAAAGAAGUCUGAAUGGUGAAGAAUUAAUGCCGGGUAAAUUAUGUUGAAACGCAGUACUCUUGCUUUAAAGAGCAGAGCAAGCACUUUCCUUGCGGGGCUGUGGCCCUUGCGUAUUUAUAAUGAAGCUCAUUGCAGGCCAGCAGCCCUGUGCAGGGCUGUGUCGCUCAUAGCUGCGGCUCUUCAGCGAGCACCAGCAGGGCCGGUCUGUGAGCGCGGCAGGCGGGCCGCGGUGCCGCCAUUGCCGGCGGGGGCGCGGGCCGGGCGCUGCUGAGGGCUCGCACCAUGGCGGGCGCGGGCGGGCGGGCCGCUGCCCCUGCCACCUCGGAGUCUUACUCGGGCCGCGGCUCUUGCACGCCGGGCGUGGGCGGGCGGGCGGAGCAGACGCCCCGCUACACCCUGGGGCUUCUGCAGACGCCACACAGCUCGGAGAGCAUCGGGGGCUUCUGCAGCGGCGGGGCACGGCCGGGGGGCUGCAGCCUGGCAGGCCUCGCAGCCGGCCGGGCCGCCAGGAGCAGCGCGGUGAAGCCGUCGGUGUCCGAAAGGGGAGGUACGCUGUCUACCCGGGCCUUUAUCUGUUUCCUUCUGCUGUCUUUGCUCCGGUCGGGUUCCGAAAGAGCUGUUAAAAGCGGUCCUUACGGGGCAGCAGCAGAAUCAUAUUUUGGGGACAAAAGUUCUUGUGUAGAAAAUGCUAACACAUUGAAUCUCACGAGUUCUUCUUCUGUGCGAGGCCUGAAUAGCACAUGCAUAGGAAAAACACCUCUCUCUUCUGGUAGAUCUGGUUGCAGAAGCCAUACCCCUCUUAUGGGAUAUUCAGUUACAUCCUCAUCUGCAGUUUCUGCUCAUACUGUUGCAUCGGUUAUUGUAGCUGUAGUAGAAGGAAGAGGCCUUGCCAGAGGUGAAGUAGGAAUGGCCAGUAUAGAUUUAAAAAAUCCUGAGAUGAUAUUAUCACAAUUUGCAGACAACACAACUUAUGCCAAGGUUAUUACUAAACUCAAGAUUUUAAUGCCACUAGAAAUAAUAAUGUCAAACACUGCCUGUGAUGCAGGGAAUACAACAAAAUUGUUCAGUCUGAUAACAGAGCAUUUCAAGAAUGUGACUUUCACAACUGUCCAGAGAAAAUACUUCAAUGAAACAAAGGGUUUGGAGUACAUAGAACAAUUGUGUGCAUCUGAAUUUAGCACCAUUUUCAUGGAAGUCCAAUCAAAGUAUUACUGUCUUGCAGCUGCAGCAGCUUUGCUGAAAUACGUUGAAUUUAUCCAAAACACUGUUUAUGCUCCUAAAUCACUCAAGGUUCGUUUCCAGGGAAGUGAGAAAACAGCUAUGAUAGAUUCAUCAUCAGCACAAAAUCUUGAACUAGUGAUUAAUAACAGAGAUUCUCGGAAUGGUCACACACUUCUUGGUGUUCUAAAUUACACUAAAACUCCUGGUGGAAGUCGAAGACUUAGAUCCAAUAUCCUGGAACCUCUAGUUGAUGCUGAAACAAUUAACACAAGACUGGACUCUGUUCAGGAAUUACUCCAGGAUGAGGAGCUCUUUUUUGGUCUUCAAGCAGUUAUCUCAAAAUUCCUGGACACAGAACAACUACUUUCAGUUUUGGUACAGAUUCCAAAGCAGGAUACAGUUAAAACUGCUGAAUCAAAAAUAACUAAUUUAAUCUACCUGAAGCAUACCUUAGAACUUGUGGAGCCUCUGAAAGCUGCUUUAAGAAACUGUAACACACAGCUGCUAAAGGCUUAUUACAAUUCUCUUGAAGAUACAAGAUUUGGAAUUAUACUUGAAAAGAUUACAAGUGUAAUUAAUGAUGAUACAAGAUACACAAAAGGAUGUCUGAAUAUGAGGACUCAGAAGUGCUACGCUGUUAAGCCUAACAUCAGUGAAUUCCUUGACAUAGCCCGUAGAACAUACACAGAAAUUGUUGAUGACAUAGCAGGUAUGAUAACGCAACUUGCUGAAAAGUACAGCCUUCCCAUGAAAACAAGUUUCAGCUCUGCUCGUGGAUUUUUUAUCCAGAUGAAUGCUGAUUGUUCAACAUUACCUAAUGGCCAGCUUCCUUCAGAAUUUACAAAGGUCACAAAAAUGAAAAACACAUACAGCUUCACUUCAGCAGAUUUAAUAAAAAUGAAUGAAAGAUGUCAGGAGUCCCUGAGAGAAAUAUAUCACAUGACGCAUUUAAUAGUGUGUAAACUACUGAAUGAGAUCUAUGAACACAUUCAUUGCUUAUACAAGCUGUCCGACAUUGUGUCUAUGCUGGAUAUGCUGCUUUCAUUUGCCCACGCCUGCACUCUUUCGGAUUAUGUUCGUCCAGAAUUUACCGAUACUUUAGCAAUCAAGCAGGGAUGGCAUCCCAUUCUUGAAAAGAUAGCUAUGGAAAAACCUGUGUCAAACAACACGUACCUGACAGAGGGCAACAAUUUUGCCAUUAUUACAGGACCAAAUAUGAGUGGAAAAUCAACAUACCUGAAACAGAUUGCUCUCUGUCAAAUUAUGGCACAGAUUGGUUCUUAUGUCCCAGCAGAGUAUUGUUCUUUUCGAAUCGCAGAGCAGAUUUUUACCAGAAUAGGUAUGGAUGAUGAUAUUGAAACAAAUGCAUCAACAUUCAUGAAGGAAAUGAAAGAGAUAACGUACAUCAUACAAAAUGCUAAUGAUAAAUCACUCAUCAUUAUUGAUGAACUUGGCAGAGGUACCGGUGCCGAAGAAGGUAUUGGAAUUUGUUAUGCUGCUUGUGAAUAUCUAUUGAACUUAAAGGCAUUUACACUGUUUGCUACACAUUUCCUGGAGCUAUGUCAUAUAGAUGCUUUAUAUCCCAAUGUGGAAAACUACCAUUUUGAAGUACAACAUGUGAGAAGCAGUGCUGGAAAUAAGGAGAAAAUUGCUUACACUUACACACUUUCUAAAGGAUACACAGAGGAAAAGAACUAUGGACUAAAAGCUGCAGAAGUGUCCUCCCUACCAUCAUCCAUAAUUUUGGAUGCAAAGGAAAUUACAAGUCACAUUGCAAAACAAAUUUUGAACAGCACAGGCAGAAGAGCACUCCUGAGAUGAUGAAACAGAGAGCUGCAUACCAGUUAGCAAUGAGAUUGGUUCAGACUGCCAGAAAUUCUCGACUGGACCCUGACAGUUUGCGUGUAUAUUUGAAAGCCCUGAAGAAAAAGUAUGAAGCCAGUUGUCCCACACCCAGAAAAAAUGAUGAGCAACAAUAACAUGUAACAUAGGCUGUUCUGAUUUUAACGACUGCAAGACGAUUCUGGGUUUUCCCGUGGUAUUAGUACAGUCUUUUCACAUGGUGUUAUAUUUUUAAUUAAUUGUCUAAAUUACACUCAAGUAAUGGAAGACCAUAUCCUUUAUGGGUUUCCCCCACCCUGACAUACCUGGAAUAAAAGCAUUUUCCUUCUAUGAGGAGCACAAUUCUUUUUGACAGAAAAUACAAAUCAUUUUAGAGCAGUACUGAGAGGGAGGGACUGGGGCAACCCUAAGGAACUCAAUUUCAGGCAUGAUACAAAAGCUCAGAUUGCAAAAAGGGAAAUGUGCCCAAAUUGCCUCAAAGCAGUUUUGCUGUCAGUUCGUGUUGUGUCUUCCGAAAAUGAGACCAUUUUGUCCA